AUGAAGGCACAAACUUUCCUUGUCGCAACUCUUUUAUUCUUCACAACCUCGUUGGCUGCCCCGCAAUCUUACGCAGAUUUAGCAGGGGGGCGCAGGGGGGCUCAUCUUGUUCAAAGAGCUGAAGGCGAUCUUCCACCAGGAGCUUUCAAAACAAUCAUGAUCAAGCAGCUCACUGCUGCCAUAAAGGAUCCAAAAGUUCUUUCCACGUUAGAAGCAGUCCCAGCAGAUGUUUUUGACAAAUUGUAUGGAUUAGAGGGGACACAACUGGCUACGGCGGUAAAGUCCCUUCUUUCUGGGCAGACCCCACAAGGAAUUUAG